AUGAUUAAAAUAAAAAAUGGAAUAAAAGUUGGUCUAGGACUGACCAAAAGAUAUUACACAAAUAAUGGAAGAGGAAUGUUAAAGGAAUAUGUAUAUACAAAAUAUCGAAUAAGUUUGCCACAUAUAGAUAAUGUAAAAUAUGACGAUUUAUAUUUAUCAAGCCCAAACAAAGAAGAUUUGUAUGUAUUUACAAAAAAAAUUCCAAUUUUUUUAAGAUAUUUAAAAUUAAUAACAUCCCUAGAAAAUCGUAAUAAUGAUUUUAUCGAAUUUGCAAAAAGGUGUGAAAAUGGGUUAACGAUAGAAAAGGAUGUAUAUUUAACAAAAGAAGAAUUAAUAAAUUUAAUGUUUAUAAAUGGUUAUACAAAAAAAGAAUCAAAUGCACUUGAUCUAGCAUUUAAUCAUAAUUAUAAAUUUCAUUAUCCUGAAAUUGCAAUAUUAUUUGAUUUAAAUGAAGAAGAUGUAUAUAAAUUUUGUUUAAAAAAAAGAAGUGAAAAUCCAGAAAAUUUAUUUCAUUUAAAACAUUUUAAAGAAAAAAAUAUGUUAUCAUCAUAUGGUCUAAUAUUCGUUUUUUUAUAUUUUGGAUUAAAUAAUGUAGUAUUAAGUAAUGCUUGGUUUCUUUCCAAAACUAUUCCAUUUUUUUCUGUAUUUUAUAUGCUUGCUUCCUAUUUUUAUAAAGAUAUAUGGAAUUUUUUAAAUAAAGAAAAAAAUUUAAUGAUAGAACAAAAUAUCCAAAAUAAAUUAUUAGCAGAAGAUAUAAUUUAUAAUCAAUUAAAACUUUUUUCAAAAGACACAGAAUGUAGUUCUCAUUUAAAACAUUUUAAAGAAUAUUGUAAUGUCUUAAUAAAAUAUUAUAGAAAAGCUUUUAUUAAUGAAAAUAAAAAAAAUAUACAUGAACAUUUGGAAAAAAAAUUAAAUGAAAUUUAUAAUUCUGAACAGCAAUAUAAAAAUUCACUAAAAAAUAUACUAGUUACAGAAAUUAUUAAAAAAACGUAUGAACAUGUUCAGAAUGAUCAGAAUUUUUACAAUGCUGUAUUAAAUGAUAGUAUAAAUAAUAUUCAAAAUAAUACAAAUAAUGAUACAUUAGUUAAUUAUGUUAAAACACAAAUCAAUUUUGUUAAAAAUGAAAAUAAUAAUAAUCCUAUUGUUAAAAAUAUACUUAAUCAAUAUGAGCUAAAAAAAAAAGAAUAUUUAAAUCAAUUUGUAGUACACAAAGAUGAAGUUAAUUCUAUUAAAAACAUUAUUGCAAAAUGUAAUCUUGAUAUUAAUAAAUUAAAUAAAGAAGAUUAUGACAAUCUUAUCAAAUUAUACACUACCAUAAAUAACAGAUUUGGUUUUUAUGUAAAUGACAAUGAUAUACCAUUAAUAAUUCCUAAAGAUAAUGAAUCUAAAAAUUUGACUGAAAAUAUUAAUUUUAUUAUACAACAAUCGAAUAAAAUGUUCCACGAAAAAAAACUUGUUUCUUUUUUGAAAUUUUUCCAAUGA